CCAUCUGUAAACUCAACGCAAGCUUUCGAAGUCACUUAUAAAGAUGGCUUUGUAUCUGUGACGACAGGAGAGAUUGGAAAGUAUUUUUCAAAAAAUACUUCACUGCUGUAUCACCUAGUUAUUCACAUGAUUACUUUAAAGAAAUAUUACGAGAAAUGGUUGUCUGAAUCGUUUUUACCGAUUUCGUUUCCUAUAAUUUCCAUCCAGUGUUUACUUUCUAAUAUUACACUCAUAAUUUCAACGAUGUUAUUUUUUAGAUUCAUGUCUACUGUGGUCGAAAUUUUUACUUGCUAGUUGUUAAAUAGUCUGCUGCUUAUUUUCACAACUGUUUCUGUUCGGAAAUGGAUUAUUUAGCCAUCCCUAUAGCAGCAUUGAGCACCAUAACCCCUGGUUUAGCCUUCGGUUUCUCGUCAGCAUCUACGCUUCAAAUUUAUUUCACUGUUUCACAUUCAGCACUUUUUGCUAGCUCAGUGAAUAUAGGAGGAUUGAUUGGCGGCUUGAUAUCAGCACAUAUAUUAUCGUCUUUUGGAAGACGUUUUACAUUGUUAAUAUCAUGCAUUCCAACUAUUUUGGGUUGGUUUUGGAUGUACAUGUGUGCCGACGCAGUGUAUAGAUCUUCCUUUCCGAUUUCAUUGUUUAUUUUUGGACGUCUGCUAACUGGCAUCGGAGCUGGUUUAUGUCUUCCGUCUUCCGCAACUUACAUUUUAGAAAUAUCUCCCCCAAAAUAUCGAGGUGCACUUUGUGCAUUACCACAAGUCGGAAUAGUGUCUGGGGUUUUCUUCUCCUUCUUUUUGGCUGUAUAUAUGGUGUGGGAACGCAUUGCUUUCAUACAUGUCAUUUUCUCUUCUGUUGUUCUCAUUCUUGUUUGGUUCCUCCCAGAAUCCCCGAAAUGGCUUCAGAAAGCCGGUUAUACUAAGGAGGCAGAUAAUGUAAAUAUGCGGCUGUUCGGUAAACUUAGUCCACAUGUUAUGGAUGCAGUCGAUCUUGAAGAUAACACGAUUGAAAGUACAUCAAAGAAAUACUCUUUCAUGUCAUGUCUAUGUCCUUGUUUAUUUAUUCCAUCAAGUCAAAAUCAUCGUUUACGAAUAGCUUUAGGAUUAAUGAUACUUCAACAGUUUACCGGGAUUAAUGCUAUUCUAUUUUUCGCCGAAUCAAUUUGCCUUAUUGGAAGUGCUACAACACCUCCAGCUUGUGCACUUUUCAUUGGAACAGUUCAAAUGAUAUUCACUAUGUUGGCAGUAUUUGCUGUCAAUUAUGCACCUCGGAAACAUUUACUCAUUCUAAGUGCAUUAUUUAUGGCUAUUGCACAAUUAGCUUAUGGUAUCACAAUUUCGAGUAAUCAUCCUGGUUUUAAACUUACUCAAUUCUGGAUCUCAUUAUUUAUGUUUGGUUAUUCAUUCGGUUGGGGACCGUUACCAAUACUUAUUACUAUGGAAUUAUUCCCCGUUAAUAGUCGUGGUUAUGCUGUUAGUUCUGCUGUAGCUGUUAACUGGUUGUUUGCUUUCAUUGUAACAGAAUUAUUUGAAUUGUUAAGUUAUUCAAUUAAACCAUCAUUUUUGUUUAUCACUUUCUCCUUCUGUUGUUUAACUGCUAUGGGCUAUGUAUAUAAAUAUGUACCAGAGACUAAUGGUAAUAAUACUGUCAGCCGAAGUGAAGCGAACCUUUCAUCACAGAAGUCAAUGUUAAAAGUCUAAGAAGGCGUUAUUACAAUAUCUGUACACUUUAUAUUAAGUGCAAAUAUAUGUAAAGAUAAAUUCAUAAAUGUAUAAUUUUAACUUUAAAAAAACAUAAUGAAUUCACGUUGUUGUUAAUGUUGUUCACAACGUUAUUGUUAUGCUCAACAAUAAUAAUAAUAAUGAUAAUAAUUUCACCGUACUGUGAGUUACCUGGUGUCCUGUGAAUUUCUUUUGUUUUCCCCUUCUCAAUUUAUUAAUUUUAUUUGGUCUGUAUAAUUUUAUUAUAUUUUGCCUUUUAUAAUAUUUCAACCAAGUUUCCUUUAUAUAUAUAUAUAUAUAUAUAUAUAUAUAUGUAUAUAUAUAUAUAUAAUUCUUGUGCCUUGUUCCAAAAGUGUGUGUACAUUGUGUUCUUUCAAGUUCAGUACAAAAGAACAUACUAUUUAAGGUGGUAUAAUAACAAAAUAGUAGUAAGUCUCUGGUCAAAUAUCGAUCGAAAUUCAUACAACUUUUGUUCUGAUGUCUAUUCAUAACUCACAUGAUGAUUGAUUGGGCGAGGAUUUUAAAGACACGAUAUGUGUGUUAUUCAAAAUACAUACAUGUACCUAUUUUAUUUCAAUUUUAAUUAUUCCGCCUGAAGAAUUUCGGACUAGUUAACUGAACGAAACAUUGGAAUUAUUCAUUUCAAUUUUGCUGAGAUUAUGAUAGAAAUAUUAUUUGAGAAAAUCAAUAUUAGGAAUCACAAACUUUGAUUAUUUGUAACAUUUGUUGUUUAUAUUGUUGUUACAUUUGUGUAUGAGCAUAAUUUGAACGCUUAUGUUUGAUAUUUUCGUGAGUGAACUUAGAGAAAUACAUUUUGAACUACAAAAAUUAAAAAUAUGCUUAAAGUGUUAGACUUUUCAGUUUUAAAUUACAUGUGUCUUUUUAAUUUCCUCUAAUGCAAAGAUAUUAAUUAUACUUAAUGGUAGGUACUUGUGUGGACACACUUCUCUUAAGUUCAGUGUCAUUGUUUUAAGAUGGUUAUUUGUAAUGGGCGGGAAAUCUAAACA